AUGAUUACCGACGAUGAUGACGGCCCACCUCAAUUGUCAGCUGAAACAUUAAAAGUUCUUCAGGAAUGGCAACAAGAACAACAACAAAAUAAAGCAACUGAUGAACCAAAAGAAGAUUGGCACCUAAGUCAAUUUUGGUAUAACAAGGAAACAGCUACACGAUUGAUGAAUGAAGUAAUAGCCAUCUUACCUCAAUAUGGAAAAUGUGCUUGUAUUGCUUGUCCAACUGUGUGGAGUCUCAUGCAUAAAGAAUAUCCGGAAAUUGAAAAUAUACUAUUCGAAUAUGAUAUUCGUUUUGCUGCUAAUAAUAAGUCUUUUAUAAAAUAUGAUUAUAAUGAUGAUGAUCGAAUUGAAGAAAUUUAUGCACCUUGGAAACAUUCAUUCGAUGUUUUAAUUGUUGAUCCACCAUUUCUUUCUCGAGAAUGUUUUGAGAAAGUAUCUCGUCUAGUUAAAUUUAUUGGAAAACCGACGCCUCAAUGUAAACAUAUCAUUUGCACUGGUACUAUUCAAGAAGAAAAUGUCAAGGAAUGUUUUCCGGGUGCUUAUCGUGUCGCAUUUCAACCUCGACAUGAACGUAAUCUAAUGAAUCCAUUUGCUUGUUUUGUUGAUUAUGAAACAAAAACAUUGAAUACAGAAUAA